CAUAGUUUGAGACCCAUUUGGGUUUUAGAAAGCUGAGGUCAAGUCAACAGUGUGUGGGUUAGGUCACUCUCCUGCGGUAGGGCUCGGCAGCUGCUGGGCCGUCAGUGGGUUUGUUCUGGACGGACACUGUCCAGAGCGUUUUCAUGUGACAGCCCUGGAUUGUGUACCAUGGACCAGGAUGCUGGAAACCAACACACGGCAGCUGCGGCUCCUCGGCGCGGUCUGCGGCGUGUCUCCUUCUAAUUAACACAUCGACGCAACAAAAGUUCCAGAGCGGCUGUCAUUUGUGUAUAUGAACCGAUAACCGUGGCUGCUUCAACCGACACCGCGUAGACACAGAGCGGACCGAAGCCUGGAUCCAUGUCGACUCUCUCUGUCUCUCUCUCGUCCUCUCUCUCUCUCUCUCUCUUUCUCAUUCGCCUGGGAUACUUGGAAUAUUUAUUUACAGUGAUGGAGGUUUGGAAGGGUUUUUUUCAAGGUCAUCGCGUCUUUUACGGAUGUAUUUCACGGUCUGUUAUUUAAACCACCACGUCGAUCAGCGCUGGUGACAGCGGGGAUGACAGUGAUCGGAUGAUUUGAAGACAGCGGCGGCGUCAGUCUGAAACCGUUAGACCACGGAUCAUCAUUUUUAUUACAGUUCUGGUUUUAAACUACCAACUCCUUGUCAACACAUGGACGGGCAACUGAAGAAGGGCAGGAGAUUGCGCUCCAGACGAGAGCGAGUGUGCAGGCUGCGGAAUUCUCUGGUCAUAGAUGCCCAAAGCCCAAACUCCUCCUGCUCCGACAGCCAGCGGCGGCACAGUCCGGGGAGGGACAUCGCCUCCGUGCCCGAUAAGAAGCACUGCGCAGCCGCCGCUCGAGCUCCGCGGCGGAAGAGGAGAGGGUCGAGCUCGCAGGAGGAGGACAUCAUUGAUGGGUUCGCCAUCGUCAGUUUCUUCAGCCUGGACCGUCUUCAGAAGAAGAGCAGAUUUGGGAAGACCAGGGUGAAGAAGGAAAGGUGGAAGGACAAGAAGAAGGCACAGCAGCAGAAGAAGGAAGAGGAGGAAAUUAAGGAUGAAAAUGAAAAUGUCCAGCCGGCGGAGGAUCCCCUGGAGGAUGGUUUCCUUCGUCAUGUUCAGCGUGAGCAGGAGAGGAUUAAUGAGCGACUGCUGAAGAAGACCUACUCCAAAAAGAACAAAAUGAUCAAACCUCUGGCUCAAAGACUGACCCAGGUCAUCAAGGAAGAGACGGACCAGGACCAGGGUCACCCAGACGGGAGCGACUGCAGGGAUCGGUUCAGUGAGCGUGACGGCGAGAAUGAGGUCGACGACAAGGUGUCUGAUGUAGGAUCAACGAAGUUCUUCUCACCGACAGCUCCUACAGGUGCGGUAACACAUGAGAGUCCUGAGUCCAGAACCUGUGGUGCAGCCAAGUUUUCGGGUAUUCCGCGGAGUCAGGAGCGCAGCAACGGUGAGGUACUGUUCACGCCACCCGUGCCUAGCCCCACCCCGGCCUGGGUGCCCACAGGCUCCCCUGCUCCUGCUGCUGCGGCGGCCCCUCUGGGUUCUCCCCUCCCCAAAUUCUCUCCACUUACUAUAAAGAAGGAGGAGCUUCCAGCCCAUGCCCCCACCUCCCCUCCGCUGCUGAGGCCACUCCCCCAUGCCCAGCCCCACCCGGAGGAACGCGUCCUUCCAUCCCUACAGCACGACGCCCAGCGGGUAAUAAGCCACCAGGGGCAGCACCACCCUCUUCAACUCGGUAGCUUCCCCCUCAUCAGCAGCAGCAGUCCGGUGGGUUUCACCAGACCACCCCUCCCCCAGGCCUUUCAGCACAAACCCGGCGGGCUUUUACCCUCGCCCCCCCCCCUGCCGCUGUCCAUCCCCGGUCUCUCUCCCUCAGAGUACUCCUACCUACGGAGCCCGGCCCAUCGCCAUCCAGCCAUGUUCGCCACCUCAGCCGCACUGCCUCCGCCUCCCACCUUACCAACCAACAGCCUGGUGGUACCGGGUCACCCGGGCGCCGUGCCGUACCCAGAGCAUGACCUCCUGCGGCAGGAGCUGAACAACCGUUUCCUGGUUCAGAGUUCAGAGCGGGGCCGGGGGCAGCCAUCCUCGCAGCUGGCCCCCGUGUCAAACCCGAGGGCCGAGUUUCACCAACACCAGCACAUGCACCAGCACCAACACACCCACCAGCACACCUUUACGCCCUUCCCCGCCAGUUUGCCCCCGGCUGCCGUCCUCACUCCGCCCACAGCACCUCCCAUGGUGCGUACCCCAGCCAGAAAUUUUGACAAAUACACCCCCAAAAUGGACAAUCCGUUCUUCCGACAUUCGAACUUCUUCCCCUCCUAUCCACCCACCAUGCCCGGCAUGCCACCGCUGCUCCCACAUUCAGGACCCUUCAGUUCACUGCAAGGAGCCUUCCAGCCCAAGGCAUCGAACCCUAAUGACGUGGCGACUCGUCCGGGAGCCGUUCCUCACACUCUUCUACAGAAAGAUCCCAGGGUGACGGAUCCGUUCAGAACAUCAGUGAGGAAACCUGGGAAGUGGUGUGCAGUUCACGUCCAGAUCGCGUGGCAGAUCUACCACCACCAGCAGAAGAUGAAGCAGAUGCAGCUGGAUCCUCACAAACUGGACAUGAGUUCAAAGCUGGACCUGUUCAGUCGACCUCCAGUUCCAGGAGUCUUCCCUGGACUCCCGUACUCUCACGACCUGGCGAGACCCCUGUUUUCAACCACAGGCUCAGGCCACCCGGUGCCCCCCUCCUACGGCCCUGCCCCUCAUCCCAGCAGCUUCCUGCCCCCCAGCCAUUUGGCAGAUCCGUUCGGUCGCUCCACCUCUUUUGGCAGUCUUGGCAGCCUAUCAACCAGUGCCUUCGGAGGUUUAGGCAACCCCACCCUUGGGUCCAACAGUGUGUUCGGAAUGAAAGAGGGUCCGGGGGGGCUCCCCACAUUUGGCAGCCCCCACCACGACGCCUGGAACAGACUACGACGAACGCCGCCUUCUUUCCCCAUCCCGCCGCAGUGGCCCAAAACCACGGAGGCCGAGAGAAGCAGUUCGGCCAACAGCCAGGAGAGGGAGCCACAGAGGGAUCAGGACCGAGAGAUAGAAAAAAGGGAGUCGUCCUUAGGGGGUGAGGAGAAGGACAAGGACAGGGAUUCUUCUGAGAGGAACCGUCACUCCAACCGCUCAUCCCCGGCCGCCGCGCCUGUGGGCUACCACAUCAGUAACCUGAUCCGUUCAAACAGCCAGAGCUCCGGGGACCUGAGUCGGCAUCCCAGUGGGAAUGUGGAGCGGGUUCGAGAGGCGGAGAAGGAGCUGCUGGACCCCCACAGGGACUCCUCCACGCUGGCUGACGUCAAGGUGAAGGAGUCCCGCCCCCCGGGUCACGACGUGAUGGAGAGGAGAUCCUCGGAGGACUCAGUCAAAUCCUCCCAGCGCUCCCCGUCACCCUACCUCAAGGCGAUGAUCAGUGACCAGAGCGUUAAGAUGGCGGGUGGCCCUCAGACCCCCCUCAAGGAGAUCGAGAAGGAGCACCCACCUGUAGAACUCCUGCACAAGGUGAAAAACGACAUGAAGAUCAAGGAGGAGAGGAAGGAGGAGCAGGAGGUGAUGGUGGUGAGCUCUGAGCCCUCCCCCCAACCACCGGCCCCGGCCCUCCCUGCUUCUGUGGGCCAACUUAUCAACCCCCACCACCACCACCCACCGCUGCCCCAACAGCACCCGCUCUCCUUACAGAGAGGAGGUGAAAUCCCAGCUUCCAGUCUCCACGUCCUCCCCAUGGCCCACUCCCUGCCGCUCUCCAUGAGCGGCAUGCCCCACAUGGGCAGCCUGAACGUCCUGGACCGGGCGCGGAUGGCUCCCUUCAUGGGGGUGAGUCCUCUGGCGGGGAGGGAGCGCUUCACCCACCCGGCGUUCGCGUGGGACCCGUUCAAGGAGGCCUACCGCAGCCUGGACCUGCAGAGGAGGAUGGACCUCCAGCUGAGGGCGGAGCAGGGACACCGCUACGCCAGUGCCUACGAGCAGGAGCGCGUAACUGGUAUCGACUGGGAGACCAGCGACAUGAUGACACAUGGUCUGGACCAUUAA